GGUCUCAAUGGAGCGAGGAUCAGCCUGCAGCGACGUCUCGGUGGCAAACAAUAAUACCGUCACAUAUCAACGUUCUGAAAGGAGGUUUUCUCACAUCAGUACCCAGACCACGCCUAUUGACUGUGACUGCGACCCGAAACUGUGCCAACUCAAUAGGCAAAAGCAGUCCUUCACAGUCCCGCUUGCAAAAUGGCAGCUCAAUACGUGCCAGUAUUCUCUCAUGAUGAACACCAUCAGGCUGCGGGCAUAAAUGAAGUGGAGAUUCAGCGCAAGAAUCAGCGGCUCUCCGGUACCCAGCUGUCGUCCUUGCACAUCGACGACGACGAGAGAAACUUGACUUCGUCUCAGACUGUCGACGGAACUUCCACGCCUCCGAAGGAAUCUUUGGCGAGCAUACUUCACGAUCACUGGCUCUGGGAGUUGGCGUCACUCUUUCUGAGUACUGCGGCUCUUGCAGCAGUGGUUGUGUUGCUUAUCUAUUGGGGUGGGAAACCGCUAUUCCAAUGGUCAAGCUCUAUAUCAUUGAAUACCUUCGUGUCUACAUUGGGAACCGCACACAAAUCUGGGCUGGCCUUGUUCAUUGGAGCUUGCCUUGGCCAACAAAAGUGGAACUGGUUUCACCAACACACCGAUCGCCUUGAAGUUCUGGAAACCUUCGCUGAAGCUAGUCGAGGUCCAUGGGGGAGCACAAAGCUCAUCUACCAACUACUUCCUCGCUGGAACUUGUCUCACUUGGCCUGUUUAGUCCUUUUGAUAAGCCUCACUUUCGACGCCUUUCUCCAAGCCACUAUUUCUCUCCAUGGGUCCAUGGAUCGCAGUACAGACAUAUACAGCAUUCCAAUGAUCGGGCGAAGCACGAAUGCUGCUGUCGGGAGCUUGCUAAUCAUUCCAGGCUCUCCGGAGGCGGUAUAUCCCGAAGGGAACAGUUCAGGGCCCGACUAUGAUGGCUUCACCACGUAUCCCAGCUUGGGCUUAGUCAGUGCAAUAUUCAAUGGACUGGAUGACUCCUCUGCGGCGCAGCAGGACAGGGUAGGCUCCUCCUGAAAGACAGGUAACUGUACUUGGCCAGUAUUUGCAUCUGCUGCAAUUUGUGGCACUUGCAACGACGUUUCGAAGUACAUUUCCAAGGAACGUGUAUACGGCUAUCCCUCAAGUCAACCUCAGCUCCCUAAUGUGGUCGCUAAUGAAAGCUAUACAAGCUUCGACUUACCUUACUGCAGCAUCAAGAAUGCUGACGGCGGA